AUGGUGAAGGUGGAGCCAGGAAGAAACGAGAUGAGUGGAAGUUCUGCAAAAACUUCUGGGGUUACAAAGAGAGUGAUCAUCUUGAAGAUUCGUAAGCCAGAGGAGCCGCCGAAGAGGUUGGGUAAGAUUUUAAAGUCGGCGCCGAUCGACCCUGCUGCGGCUUAUCGUGAAAAGGUUCGCAAACAACUGGAGCUGGCGUUUUCCAGAGUUGCUAAUGAAGCCGACGACGAGGGCGGCGUGAAGCCUGAUGUGACGGCGUGUGACCCUGUUCGAGUUGCCGCUUCUGUAGAGUCGGCGAUGUUCGAGAAGAUUGGUUGGUCUAAUGGGAUUAAGAAGGCCAAAUACCGAUCAGUGAUGUUCAACCUCAACGACCCAGAAAACCCGAAUUUGCGGAGGAAGGUGCUUCUUGGACAGAUCAAGCCGGAGGUGCUUGUGACCAUGUCUGCGAUGGAGAUGGCAAGCCAGAAGAGGCAGCGUGAGAAUAUCCAAAUUCAAUUGAAGUCCCUGAACAGAUGCUUGCAUGAUACCGAAUUGAAAGAAAAGGCCUCCACCGACAUGUUUCAGUGCAGCCGGUGCCGUGAGCGCAAGUGCACUUACCAUCAACUGCAGACCAGGAGCGCCGACGAGCCAAUGACAACCUAUGUCACGUGCGUAAAUUGCAACAACCAUUGGAAGUUCUCAUAA